CUGCGGGCAGCGCCCUGCUCCCCCCCCCCCCACCUCAGGAAGCGGCGCCGACCCUCUGCCGGCGAAACGGGGGAACAAACGUGUAAAAGGCCCCCGGGCGCCCAGCGUGUGCUGCGUGUCCCCGGGGCCUCCCGAGACCCGCCAGGUGCCCGGAGCGCAGCGCCCGAGAAAGUGACUUGCCCCUGCAGUAAGACAUUUUAGGAUGUCCAGAAAUGUGCAGCGACUUAGAGACCACGAUACAAAUCCAUGUCUAGCGGAAACAGAUGCCUCUAGACAAUGUAUGGAUAACAAUAACUACAGAAAGGAUAUGUGUGCCUCUUAUUUUUUAAAGUACAAAAACUGCAGAAAAUUUUGGCAUGCCAUUAUGAUACAAAGGAGAAGAGAUGGUGUGAAACCAAAUAUGCCUACAGCAGAUGAGAGAGAGAAUAUAUUGAAGUCAAUAGGAGGAACACCAUACUGAUCACACAAUCUUUAUUGUUUACUAUUUAAUAUUAUGUACAUAUGAAGAUUUCUGUCAGCUAGGCAUUAAAUUUUUUUAACAUUG